AUGUCCGACCCGAAUCCACUCCUCCUGCUUGUGCAGCAGCUCCAGCAAGAGCUCCAAAACCAGCGCCUUGAUAUUCAAAACCAGCGUAAUGAAAUACAGCAACUACGUGCGGACCUUGAUGCUUCCCGAACAGAUGUCCACCAGCUUCGUACGCAGCUUCUUUCCGUCCAGACACCCAGAUCCCGCCUGCCAGAUCCGCCUCGCUUUAACGGUAAACCAUACACGCUUCGCACAUGGCUCCCGUCAAUUAAAGCAAAACUUCGAUCAGACCAGCUCGUAGGAGCUGAUGCUUUUGACUAUCGUCUAUGCCAUAACCCACGGGAACAGCAGGAGGCUAUUCAGCGCUUUACUUCUAUACAACAGAGGGAUGACGAAUCGCUUAUCGCCUACCUUGCUCGUUUUGAACGACUUUCAUAUGAAGCCAAUGUAAACUCAUGGCCAGAUAUAUCACGUGUUACCACGCUACACCGGGGGCUACGGCCUAAUCUCCGUCGAAUACUAGAAGACUCGAAUAAUUCUCUCUUUGAUCUUCCCUAUAAUGAAUAUAUUGAACUUGUCCAGAGUACCGAUCGGCGUACCCGUCCUAGUCCAAAAUCAGACCCGAAACCAGCUUUGACCCCGAAUACAGACCCAAUGGAUACUGAUCCGGUCCGAGUCAACUCAGUUAAAAUAAACCCCAAUCCUGUUCAUGUUGGCUCUGUGAGAGUAGCCCGAGCUGCUUCGCCUGUUUUAUCUGAUUCUUCUCAUGAAUCCACCACCUCUGACCGCCGCCGUUUCCGACUUGCGAAUAAUUUAUGCCUUUACUGCGGUUCUAAUGAUCAUUGGAUCGCAGACUGCGAUGCCCGCUCUACUUUGUCUGAUACUUCCGAGAAACCUCCGAAAAAGCUUACAGCCCGCGCCAGCAACCCGCCUCGCUAUUAG